UAAGGUGAGCGCAAGUAAAUGGAUUUGGAUUAGUGGUUCCAGCCUGGCACAGAAUGAACUGCUGGACACGGCUCUUUGCUUUGAUUUGACCUGGAUUCUUUUCUUUGGAUGGUACCGGUAGCCUAAAUCCAUCAAGAUAGCCAAUCUUAUCGGGCAAAUCAUUUAACAUCACGUUCCUGGAGAAGAGGCGUUUCAAUAAACUUUGACCAAGGAACUGGAAGCCAAUCGCUGGUCCCAAGAUUACGGAAAAGACCGUUGAGAAAUGUGCGUUUGGAUAUGAUAAAUUCAACCUAAUUUAUCAAAGUGAAUAAGCAAUAGCAAGUCAAAAUAAACGUGUUCAAUCAAAAAAUAAGAAGGCUAUAGUGCGCAGAUUUAUAAAGUGAGUCUUUCGCGGUAGUUUUGGCGGAUCAGGGUUGCUCAUUUACUUUUACGAUACUGUAGCACACCGGGCAUGAAAACAUCCAGCUGAAAAGGUCCUGUACAUUGAAGUGAGCGACACACGAUGGCACUUAUUUCCGUUCGAAGGAUUCGGACGAAAAAGUUUAUAGUUUGUAUUUUCGGCGCUUCUGUUGUGGGAUACUAUAUUUUUAACAGGAAUAAUCCAGGUGACAUAGGUGGAACCAGUCUAAGAGAAGUUCCCACUGAUUAUACUAUUGACAAUGAAAUGCUUAAAAAACCUGUUUAUGACAGACCGCCUUUGGAUUUAAAUGCAUUGGGAGAAAUGGGGAGAGCAGUAAAAUUGAAUCUCGUUGGAGAGGAGAAGAGGAAAGAAGAGGAAAGUAUUAAGAAACACCAAAUCAAUACCUAUGUGAGUGAUAUGGUAUCUCUACAUCGCAGGCUACCCGAACGAUGGAACCCUCUCUGUAGGGACCUGAAGUAUGACUACAGGUCGUUGCCGAGCACCUCCGUGGUCAUCGCCUUCUACAACGAGGCGUGGUCCACCCUGCUGCGCACCGUCCACAGUGUCCUGGAGACCUCGCCGGAUGUGCUGCUCCGAGAGGUGGUGCUGGUGGACGACUACAGUGACAGAGCCCAUUUGAAGGAGCCUCUGGAAAACUACAUAUCAACCUUGAAGAAAGUGCGUCUGAUUCGGGCCAGGAAAAGGGAGGGACUGGUCCGCGCUCGGUUACUCGGGGCCUCCAUCACCACAGGGGACGUGCUGACCUUCCUGGACUGCCACUGUGAAUGCCAUGAGGGCUGGCUGGAGCCCCUACUCCACAGGAUCAAGGAGGAGCCGUCGGCCGUGGUCUGCCCCGUCAUCGACGUCAUCGACUGGAACACUUUCCAGUAUCUGGGCAACCCCGGGGAACCGCAGAUCGGAGGGUUUGACUGGCGACUGGUGUUCACUUGGCACCCGGUGCCAGAGUACGAGCAGAGACGCCGGCGCUCCGCUAUCGACGUCAUCAGGUCACCCACCAUGGCCGGAGGGCUGUUUGCUGUCAGCAAAAACUAUUUCCAUUACCUUGGCACUUACGACACAGGGAUGGAGGUGUGGGGAGGAGAGAACCUGGAGUUCUCCUUCAGGAUCUGGCAGUGCGGAGGCAGCCUGGAGGUCCACCCCUGCUCCCAUGUGGGCCACGUCUUCCCCAAGAAGGCCCCCUACUCCCGGAUCAAGGCCCUGGCCAACAGUGUCCGCGCGGCCGAGGUCUGGAUGGACGACUACAAGGAGCUGUACUACCAUCGCAACCCCCACGCACGACGGGAGGCUUUUGGCGAUGUCACUGACCGGAGGAAGCUCCGGGCCCGCCUUGGAUGUAAAGACUUUAAGUGGUUCCUGGAGAACAUCUAUCCUGACAUCCACGUCCCCGAGGACAGGCCUGGCAUGUUUGGCAUGCUGGGGAACAGAGGCAUGGCCAACUACUGCUUUGACUACAACCCACCUGAUGACAAUAACCUGGAAGGCCACAGGAUCAUCCUGUAUCCCUGUCACGGCAUGGGACAAAACCAGUUCUUUGAGUAUUCCAGCGACAGUAGCGAGCUCCGCUACAACACCAGGGAACCAGCGGGGUGUGUGGUUGGGGAUGCCGUGUCCACCUACCUGACCGUGCACCUGUGCAGAAAACCCCGACAGCUUGUACCAGAGGACCAGAAGUUUGUCCUAAGAGAGGAUGGCUCCCUCUACCACGUGAUGACCCAGAAGUGUGUCCAGGCUGUGGACAAGACAGACGACGGGACCCCUGCCCCUGCUCUGCGGCCCUGUUCGGACCACGCCAACCAGAAGUGGUUCUUUGAGGAGAAGGGUGGUGUAGUGGACAGAGCCGACUGAACCCUUCAACCCUGGGCUGAAGAGGGAGUGGGUCGGACCCCACCAAGACCCUACUCAUGUCCAGUGUCCCUACACUGUACUAUUGUUAUACUCACCAGGAGUAAACCAGCUGGAAUGGGGAGGGUAUUGACUGAGCUACUGUAAUUGCUCGUUUACAUUUUCCCGACGCACCCCGUUUUUGAAUUGUUGCCGGGAUUGUUUAUUUUUCAUUGGUUAAGGGCUAUGUCCACCCCAGGGUUUUAAACCUGAUGUAGCGUUAGAUACAUAAUCUGAAGAAACGCUGUUGAAGAGACACCGUAGAUUAUUUUCUGCUUGUCUGAGACCCCGCGGGGAGGGGUCUGUUGGUGUAAUGGGGGUUCAAUGUGCAGGGGUAGACCACCUGAGUGAAAUGUUGUCCUGCUUCUAAUUUUCUCUUGAAGACGUUGCCUCGGUUUCUCUCGAAUGCAGGACCUCUGCCGUUGCAGUGGUCUUGACAGAUGCUGCACACGCACCUAGAUUACGGUGAAGCUGGAGGUCUCAGACUUGAUCUCUAGAGGGAGCCAAAGCCUCCGUCUUGUGUGCUGAUCUUUAAUCCACUCCAGCUGCCAUGUUCUCAUGGCAUGUGGUUCAUUUUCAGGUUUUUUUUGUGUAACUACUGUAACAUUGCAGUGGCUCAGCUCAUGGCUUAGGAGAACAAAUAGUACUUCUUAAGUCGCUCAACUACUGACAGUAGCUAGGAGGAAUACCGGUCUUUUUGAAGUUGUUUGUCAAUCAGAAUGACAAAGAUUGAUGUCAGUAGUUUUAGUUCAUGAUUGGUUUCUUUUUCGGGAAGUAAAAAAAAUAUAUAUAAUGUAUAACAUACUUCAGUGCAAUCCAAUCUUUGUGAGAUUAUUCAGUUGUCCUAACGGUCUUACCUACUAAGACUAAACCUAGGUGUACUGUGUGGAACUGUAUAGUCAUUUAAUUGCAUUCGUAUUUAUUUCAAGUGUUUCUUUUGCUUUUUAAUCGUUGUUCAUGUCAGAGAGGUGUAGUGUAAUUAUUCAUUCAGCGCUCAGUGAAAAGACCCACUUGACUUAAAAAGUGCGUAAGAUGGAAGCGUCCACAGUUUAUCAAGUAAAAACUCUUUUGUCGUUAGCAUAGCAGUUAAUUAUUUCAGGUUUAAUUGUAUAUACGGUAACAAGUAUCAUAACAGGCACAGAGUACAGAGACCAACACAGUAGUGUCAGUAGUAGAUUUCACAUUGCCACGGUUCAAAUAUAUAACCCUUCUCAUCUGUACAGAUCACACCACUAGUUCUUGCUGAAUGCACAUAAAAGGAAUAGUCGCCACCCUGAUGUAGCCCAGGGAACGCAAAGUUGCUCACUGACAUAGAUCCAGGAAACUUGGAUAAUCACAGAAUGUUUGUUACCCAGACAACUUGGUGAAAGCCCAAUAAGGAAUAUAGUCCUGUUCACCUGUACAAUACAAGAAGCAGGAGUCCCCCCCACUGCUAUUAAGACCAGGGCCCAGUCUUCCACACACAGAUGGAGACUAGGAGCCUUGCUCAGCUGACAUUCUCCUCAUUACCAUGUGCCUGUAUACAGAGGAGGGAAAGACAGUGACCAUGGAACACAUAGCUAUCGUCAUUCAUAGGACAGUAGGUAAACAGAAGGAAUAAUCUAAGUACUGAAAUAAAUGUUCAUUGGAAAAAUGCAUUUGCCACAAACAGAAACGUUCAUCAUUUGGGCAAUUUGACCCAUGAAAAGUGCCUUCUGGAAAAGUCACUCCCUGACAGCAAAGUUGCGUCACUGCAACCUGGAGUUCUAAACCUGUCCCCGGGAGAACUGUGGCGGUGCAACCUAGCUCACUUUAUGCCAUGAGAUUGUUACCAGUUGUGGGCUAAAGGAAAGCUGUAUUGAUUCUCAUCCACUAGCAGGGUGACUGUAACAACCACAAGAACAACCCACAAGUACCUCAUGCUUUUUUUUUUUGGAGGUGUGUGUGUGUGUGUCUAAAACU